AGAAAUCGGUAAAUCCUAUCACCGGCCGUUCGCAAAUGGGGUUACCGUAGACUUUCCCUGUGUUUUAGAUUGGUCUGAUGAAUCGAAUUAAGGAGCCGCAACGACCAGAUCGCCUUCGCGGCCGACUAGAAGCAACAUCGCUUUCUGGAAUUCUUCUUCCUGCAGAUAUUCAUCGCCCCAGAGAUUCUUGGCGCCGAGAUUUGCCCGCCUUAACCAGAUCCGCCAGGAUUCCUUGUUUUUCCCUUUUUUUUUUUUAGGGUAAAAAGGAUUCCUUGUUUUUAAUUAAAUAGACAGCGAAAGCGAGCAGAGGAGCCUGGUGAGUAGGAGUGGGAAGCACGCUUCUUCCUUCUCUUUUCAGCUCACCGACGACUACAUCUUUGUUUUUUUUUAUCAGUUUUGGAUUUUUCAGAGAUUUUUUAUACAGAGGAGAGAGCGAGAACAGAGUUACCAACAAGUAAUCUAGUACUUAUUAUAAACCUUUUGCAACUUUUCUGGGGAUUCGUAUCUGCUAUUUUUGUUCGGAUUAGAGGAGGAGAGGGAGGAAGAGGUCAAGAAUUGGGAAUCGGAUUCUUUUUAUUCAAGAAGCCAAUUCUUGGGUUCCAACGUCAACAAAAGAAACAACCUUUUUAUAUACGAGAGGAAGGGAGAAGGAUAAGGUAAGUGGAAGUUGUUGAGGCGACUGGUAUUUGGUGCGAUAGACUGGACUUUGGGAGGUCCAGUGGCGACCUCCCUUCGGUUGCCCCCUUUUUCCAGUAGUGCCAACCGGUGUUGCAGGAGAGGAGGCGGCGGCGAGAUGGGGAGCUACGCCAUGCUCUCAAAGAGGCUACUGGAGACUGAUACGCCUGUCAUGGUUCAUAUCCAAGAAUUGAUCCGGAAAGCUAAAGAUCCGAUAUCUCUUGCACAGGGAGUAGUUUAUUGGCAACCACCUGCGCAGGCUCUAGACAAGGUAAAAGAAAUCGUAUGGGACCCUUCCACCAGUCGUUAUGGUGCUGAUGAAGGACUUCCUGAACUAAGGGAAGCAUUGACUGAGAAGGUUGUAGCUUGUUUUCUGGGGUGUAGAUUGGUAGGUAAGUUUAAUUGCUUGCUUUUGCAGAUUGCCUUUAAAUCAUUUUAUUUACAACAAGGCAUAACUUUACGAUUUGGAUUGGGCAAUGUUCUUUCUUGCGUCACAGACAGACAACCCUGUUCACUUGUAUUCACAUUGCAGCUGCGCCGGGAGAAUAAGUUGCACAAGUCUUCUGUAAUGGUCACAGCUGGUGCAAAUCAGGCAUUCGUAAAUAUUGUGCUUACCCUAUGUGAUCCUGGGGACUCAGUUGUUAUGUUUGCACCGUAUUACUUCAAUGCGUACAUGUCCUUCCAGAUGACGGGCAUCACUAACAUACUUGUUGGUCCUUCCAAUCCAAAGACUCUUCAACCAGAAGUAGGCUGGUUGGAAAAGAUUCUAUCAGGGGAGGGCAACCAACCUAUACCCAAGCUUGUUACCGUUGUAAAUCCAGGAAAUCCAUCUGGGGCUUAUAUCCCAGAGCCUAUCCUGAAGAGAAUUUCAGAUCUUUGUAGCAGUGCUGGUGCAUGGCUUGUUGUAGAUAAUACCUAUGAGUAUUUUAUGUAUGAUGGAUUGAAGCAUUCAUGUAUAGAGGGUAACCACAUAGUUAACCUCUUCUCCUUUUCCAAGGCCUAUGGGAUGAUGGGAUGGCGCAUAGGAUAUAUAGCAUACCCAACCGAAGUGGAAGGUUUUGCAGCACAACUCCUCAAAGUCCAAGACAACAUACCCAUUUGCGCUUCCAUCAUAGGGCAGCGUUUGGCUCUCUAUUCCUUGGAAGUUGGGCCAGAAUGGAUUGGAGAGCGGGUGCAGAAGCUUGUGAAGAAUAGGGAGUUGCUUGUGAAGGCUUUGGCUCCACUAGGGAAAGAUGCUGUUAUGGGUGGACAAGGGGCCAUCUACCUCUGGGCGAAGCUUCCGGAUAGAUUUUCUGACGAUUAUGAGGUUGUCAGAUGGCUGGUCAACAGGCAUGGGGUGGUGGUGAUUCCUGGAAGCGCCAGUGGUGGGCCUGGCUACAUCCGUAUAUCUUUUGGGGGGUUGAAGGAGGCUGACUGUGAGGUUGCUGCUGAGAGACUGAGAAGAGGAUUGGAAGAGCUGUUGAGAGAUGGGAUGGUACAGUAACAGCUGCUGCAGUUUCAAAUCGUCGAUGCAUUUCAAAUAUAGAUUCAGUCACAGCUGGUAUUUUUCAGAAUAAGUCAGUUCACUGGUUUCCAUUUAUUGGAUCAGCAAAAGAAUCAUAUUCAUCAUAGUUUGUCCAGCUGUCAUUGUACAAGAUCAUAUUACAGUUGCCCAACAAGGUAGACGAGUGUUUUCAUAUAUCUCAAAGCAAUAAUAAUGCACCUAAAAAACAACAAAAAUAUGGUCAAAUCCA